AUGGAGCCUUCGAGGGGAAGGAGACACCAUGGUAAAUUUCGCAUGCUCAGUAUGCCUCCUAGGACAGCGGGGCUUCCAAUCUACGUGGACAUUAGCCUACACAUACACAGCAUUCCAGAAGUGAACGUUCGCACCAUGGAAUUCAGCGUUGUCCUAAUCCUGCGUCAGCGUUGGCACGAUGCCCGGGUGCAGCGCAAUGCAACAGCCGCCCUUGACCUCGACCAGGUACCCCAAAGCCGGCUCUGCAAGCUAAUCUGGAUCCCUGACCUCUACUUCCUGAACGCACGUGACGGUACUCUGCAUCAGGUCACUCAGCCCAAUGAAAUGAUCUGGAUUCACGCCGACGGCGUCAUUAUCUACAGCCAGAAGCUGACCCUGCGCCUGUUUUGUCGCAUGACCUUUUGGAACUUUCCCAUGGACACGCAGACCUGCUCCAUCCUUCUCGGCAGCUAUGGGUACGCCAAGAAGGAGGUGGAGGUGCGUUGGUGGACCACGAAGCAUCAUUAUGCCACGGAGCACCACGUGGAACCCCUGCUGGAGCAUCUGGCGGUGGAGACAAACGAGGAGCUGGGACUGAAUGUCUUCAAGAAUCCGGUCUAUGCUUUCCCAGUCUGUAACAGCAGUACUUUCGUGACUGGGGCGUUCUCCUGCCUGGAACUGGAACUGCGACUGGUUCGAAAGUACGGCUUCUACAUCAUCUAUGCCUACUUGCCCUCAAGCUUAGUGGUCCUCAUCGCGUGGAUGGCCUUCCUCAUCGAUCCCCGAGCUGUUCCGGCUCGCGUCUCGCUCGGCCUUCUUUCCAUCAUAGCUCUCAUUACACACAACGCCUCCCUGCUGGUUCAUCUGCCUAACGUGUCCUACAUCAAGGCCAUUGAUCUCUGGUUCUUCGUUUGUCUUGCUUUCGUCUCGAGCACCCUGGUAGAAUCGACUUUAGCCAAUUGGAUGAACACACACGCGGCCCGAAAGAAGAGAGCUCAGCCAGGGAAGGGAUUUUUGACGGGACUGUUUGACGGCAAAAAGCAAAAUCGUGUCAGCCCUGAGGUGGCAACUACCAAGACGGCUCCCCAACAGGUAGAAAUGCCCGUCCAGUCGGGGGAACUUGAAGAGGAUGAUGGCAAGGUUCGAUUCAUGGACAAAUUCUGUUUGGGUGCUUAUCCUAUCUGUUUUAUUGUGUUUAACAUAAUCUACUGGCCGUUUUACUCUGGUGAAUCCUAA